AUGUUUUCAAGCUUCUGGACUGGAAAGGACGAGUGGGCAGGUUUUCGAGUCGCGUCGUCUGUUCCGAAUGGAUUCGGGCCAGCGGCGCUGUAUCAGAUAAGGGUGGCAGCGGGCGGGCUCUCCGAUGCCCACGUGCAACAACAGCUGGCCGACAGGUGCGGCACUCGUGAAACAGAGAUGGCA